UGUUUGUGCUCCAACAAGAUGGCGGUGGCUCCAGAGAGCAGAGUGCUUUCCUACACUGUUUAUAAAUGGAGUUCAUACUCCUCGACAUAUUUACCCGAGAACAUUUUGGUGGAUAAACCCAAUGACCAGUCUUCCAGGUGGUCAUCAGAAAGCAAUUAUCCUCCACAGUACUUGAUCUUAAAACUGGAGAGACCAGCUAUUGUAUUAAGCAUCACCUAUGGCAAAUAUGAGAAAACGCACGUCUGCAACCUGAAGAAGUUCAAGGUGUUUGGAGGCAUGAGUGAGGAAAACAUGACCGAACUCUUGUCCAGUGGCCUUAAGAAUGACUUCAACAAGGAGACAUUCACGCUGAAGCACAGGAUCGAUGAGCAGAUGUUCCCUUGCAGAUACAUUAAAAUAGUGCCUCUGAUGUCUUGGGGCCCCAGUUUUAACUUCAGUAUCUGGUACAUUGAGCUGCACGGGAUAGAAGAUCCGGAUGUAGUCCAGCCCUGCCUUAACUGGUACAGUAAGUACCGUGAACAGGAGGCCAUACGUCUGUGUCUGAAGCACUUCCGGCAGCACAACUACACCGAGGCCUUCGAGUCGCUGCAGAAGAAGACGCGCAUAGCGCUGGAGCACCCCAUGCUCACACACCUCCAUGAGCGCCUGGUCCUCCGUGGAGACUUUGACGCCUGUGAGGAGCUCAUAGAUAAAGCUGUGAGAGAUGGCUUGUUUAAUCAGUACAUCAGCCAACAGGAGUACAAGCCACGCUGGAGUCAGAUCAUCCCCAAAUGCACCAAAGGUGAUGGGGAUGACAGUAGGCCCGGGAUGAGAGGUGGUCAUCAGAUGGUGAUAGAUGUGCAGACGGAGACUGUGUAUCUGUUUGGAGGUUGGGAUGGCACGCAGGACUUGGCAGAUUUCUGGGCCUACAGUGUGCAGGAGAAUCAGUGGGCCUGUAUCUCCCGAGACACGGAGAAAGAGAAUGGUCCCAGUGCACGCUCCUGCCAUAAGAUGUGCAUUGAUUCUCAGAGGAGGCAGAUCUACACGCUGGGCCGCUAUCUGGACUCUUCUGUCCGAAACAGCAAGUCUCUGAAGAGUGACUUCUACCGGUACGACAUCGAUGCGAACACAUGGACGCUACUCAGCGAGGACACUUCUGCAGAUGGAGGCCCUAAACUUGUGUUCGACCACCAGAUGUGCAUGGACUCUGAGAAGCACAUGAUCUACACGUUCGGCGGUCGGAUCCUGACGUGUAACGGCAGCGUCGAUGAUGGACGCACAUCAGAGCCGCAGUUCAGCGGCCUGUAUGCUUAUCAGUGCCUAGCAGGUACCUGGAGUCUUCUGAGGGACGACUCGUGCAACGCCGGCCCCGAGGAUGUGCAGUCUCGCAUCGGCCACUGCAUGCUCUUUCACACGAGGAAUCGCUGCCUGUAUGUGUUUGGAGGCCAGAGGUCCAAGACGUACCUGAACGAUUUCUUUAGUUAUGAUGUUGACGCUGACCACGUAGAGAUCAUCUCAGACGGCACCAAGAAAGACUCGGGCAUGGUACCAAUGACUGGCUUCACCCAGCGUGCCACCAUCGACCCAGAACUGAACGAGAUUCAUGUUCUGUCAGGCCUUAGCAAAGACAAAGAUAAACGAGAGGAGAAUGUCCGCAACUCCUUCUGGAUCUAUGACAUCGCCCGCAACAACUGGUCAUGUGUGUAUAAGAAUGACCAGGCUGUGAAGGAGACCCCCAGCAAGACACUGCAGGAGGAAGAGCCGUGCCCUCGGUUUGCUCACCAGCUCGUGUACGAUGAGCUGCACAAGGUGCAUUACCUGUUUGGGGGAAACCCAGGCAAGUCAAGCUCUCCUAAGAUGCGACUAGACGACUUUUGGUCUCUGAAACUCUGCCGUCCGUCUAAAGAGUACUUACUGAGACACUGCAAAUAUCUCAUCCGCAAAUACAGGUUUGAGGAGAAGGCUCAGACUGAACCACUGAGUGCCCUGCAGUACUUGCAGAAUGAUCUCUCUAUGACUGUAGACCACUCUGACCCUGAUGAGACUAAAGAAUUUCAGCUCCUGCCCUCAGCACUCUUCAAGUCCAGUUCAGACUUCAUCCCACUAGGCUUUUCGGAUGUAGAUCAGACGUACGCCCAGCGCACACAGCUCUUUGACACACUGGUAAAUUUCUUCCCUGACAACAUGACCCCGCCCAAGGGUAACCUCGUCGACCUCAUUACCCUGUAGCCACGCCCACCGAGCGCUAUCCCUUCACUCUUUAUGCCUCUAAGACUCGUCCCUCUGAAAACAGAAGUUAUUUUUCUACAUCCACUUCAGAAUCACCAUGCCGACUGAAUGUGGUUUCUUCACAAGCAGGAAGGGAUUCUGAACUACCCUUGAUGGUAAUUUAACCAAAAUAACAAAACUGGAAUAUAUCUGCAUACUAUAACACUUCAUUUAUUCACCCAAAUCUGCAAUCAUAAAGUCCGUGAAGUGUCUGCAGCACUUGUGUACAUUUAUCUUUCCUCUUAGGAGGUGUCCGAGGAAGGUGAAAUCCACAAAUCCAAAACUCACCUUGUUUUUUCCUCUUUUAUUCCACUCAGACUCAGACUCCAGUUUCAGGUCCUGCUCAGCUUCCAUCUUUAUUUCAGUUUCUGAAGCUGUAAUGCUCACUGUAGUAAAGGGUACCUUAGUGAUGAUGGCCGCGGCCGUUAUCUGGCCCUCUACAUCUCACACACUUUGGUGAUGGAAGCAGUUGGUUUAUUGAAUGUGGGCUUUGAUUUGCACCAUUUCAUUACGCUUGGUAACGUUUUGCCAAAUGAAGAGGAGUGUGAUUACACGGCAAGUGUGCACUCUUUAUUUCUAAGCUUACAGGAUGGAAAUCGUGUGAAUGUGUCUUUGUUUUUUCUGAAAAAUAGAUUUAAAUAAUGGCCUCAUUCUGAACCUGCUGCUUUUAAAGCAAUAGGGCAACUUGGUUGCACAGAAAUACUUAGUAUUGAACGAAUUCUAGUGAUACAAUUUGAUCAGCUUGCUUCAGAUGAAAUUCUCUCCUCACUAAUAAUAAGCGAUUAUUUCCUUUCGCAUUUCCUUUCCCAUUUGUGCCAUAGCAGUAUUGUGCGUCUUUAUCUCUGACUGAAAGUAAUUCAUACAAUUUAUUUCUCGCCUAAGCUGUCUCAAGAACAAUGUAGUAACCGUUCAAAUUAUUGGAUUGGUGACGGCAAACUCCUGCAGUGUGAAAUUGUCUACCUUUUCUGGUCCAUCGCGAGUCGUGUGUGUUUUGAAGCUUGCACUUGUCCACCAGGUCUCGGGAAUCAAGGUACUCGAUACUGCGAUGCCGUAUGUGUGAUGAUUUUAGGGAUCCUGUGGCGGCACUACUGAACACGCAAGAAUAUUACUAAGGUAGUCUUCCAUAUAAUGUAGUGUGUAAAUAUAGCCAUGUAUAAAUGUGUGUGUAUAUAAGAUCUCCUAUUUGAAGUAUUACUUAUGGCCUGAUUUUGAAGCACCCCCCCCCCCCAACUUCUCCCGAAAGCAUAAUAUAUUGAGACAUCUUGUUGGCUUAAUUGGUGUGUUAAUAAUUAGUUCUAUGUUCAAAUCAACUGGCUCAUUGUCUCCUUAUUGGAGGUAUAUCAUAUUAGUAAAAGGUGUAAAAUUGAAAUACAAGUUUAUCCCAUGCAAAGCUGUUUGCACACAUCAGAUUAAUCAAGAAACACACCUUUAAUAUAUGAAUAGUGUGUUCUUUGGGGCUCUUGCCUUAACCUGUUCUACCUAGCUGCCCAUUUCUUCAUUCCAGCACUCGCUUUUAGAGACCCCAGUGCAGAACAGCACAUUUAAGCUUAAUUACCAUUGUCAUGCUGUUUUUAUAGUGUGUGUGUUGCAUUUAUUUUCCCAUUCAUAGCCUCCGUUUUCCCAAUUAAAUCCCCGAUUGUGUGUUUCCUGGGCUUGAGUGCAGUUAGAGCUGCUGCAUGAGUCAUUUAGUAAUUUUGGGUUUUGUGCCAGGAAGUAGGUAAAACAUGGAUUGUGAAAAAUGUAAAAGAGGAAAAACACAAUGGGAGAACCUUUUAUAAAAAAAUAAACCCCCCCAAAAAAACCCCCUUUUGGCUUUUUUUUAUUAUUUAAUUUUAUUUUUUAUAUCCCUUUUUUUUCUUUCCCCUCCUGGAAAACAUCUCACUUUUCCUCCUCUCUCUCAUCUUCUGAGUGAGGAUAUUGGGAUAUGUGAACACUACACUGUGCAGACAUGAAUGUGUAGAAAAUACUUUAAAACAAAAGCAUUGUAUGUAAUGUACAUAAUGAAUAAAGAUUGUAUUUUGUUCA